GAGAAAAUGCGAGAGAGCCUUGAAGCGGAAAGAAGUUAUUUCCUGAUCACCUUCCAACGGCACUUAUUUGAUGGAUGUGAUGUUGUGUUCUAGUAAUCCUCCGUGCCUGUUUUUUCUAUGUUCGGCUCAGUUCUUGCGAGUAUGUAAAUUGCAGUUGUUCGUCCCUGUUAGACUCUUUCUUUCUGUUCAAAAGUCGUCGAUUUACUUUCCAUGUAAUUAGCACUGUAAGUGUAAUAACCUUCGAAAACACCUAGACUCUGUAAAUUUUGAUUUUCGGGCAAGUGUGAAGGCCGAUCCCUGUCCAUCGAUACAUUUCGUGAUUGAUUCUCCGUCUAUUUGAUCAUUUGUUUGUCAAUCCGUCGCCUGGCCGCUUUCAUGUGUCGUAUUUUGCUUGUCUGUUUCUGAACAGUGUCUCUUUCGUCUGCUCUUGUCGUUUCAGCAACGUCCUGGGAGAUGCAACUGGCACCAGCGAGGGAUGCGGAUCGCCUGGCUGCGGUGGAGAGGACGGUAGGGGAUGGUAGCUUGUGUAGAGCUAUCAAAUGUAAAAAUGUCUGGGUCUGGAAGAUUGCCGGCUUUGUCAUGCACAUUUUGCAUGACUCCGCAAGUCUGUGAUGCAUGCCCUAGCAUCACAGAUUUUUAGAGGGCUUCCUGAUGCCUAUUCCGCAUGACAAAUGCUCUUUCCGUACUGCAAAAUUUGGACUCUCUUUGCUGCUCAUGCAAUACAGAUUUUUUUAGAAUCCAAAAUCAGCAUGACAAGUUGGAUUCUUCCAGAGCCAGACAUUUUUACAGUUGAUAAGAACGAUCCCUACGACCGCAUGAUCCACGGUGCCUCCGCAUGCGUUUUUUUGCAAAUUCAUCACCCGGUUUUUGUUUUAUGAGACUGCGCCAUGUCUCCUCCCCGUCCUCAUUUGUCAUGCAAAAUUUGAAAUCCACUUCCACUCCAUGUGUCUUCUUCUGGCACUCUGUGCAUGACAGUUUUCGGUUGACCGCGAAGCUUCACUUUGAUCAACAUUUAGAUUUCUUUGAUUUGUGAUGCGCAAGACGCACUGAUUGUCCAUGCCAUGCAAAAGAGCGGGGGGAGGCUUGUGCACCUCCAUAUCCGAUCCGGGCUUUUUCUUCAGCCGUUCGAAAACAAGCGAUGGCGAUAUCAUACAUACAGAGGUCGUUCAUUAAAUUGAAAGGGCGUAUACUCAGGGUGGAAAGAAGCUUUUUUAGGCUGAAAAACUGAAAUCCUUGAGCAAGUUGUAGAGCUCAAACGCCCCAUAGAAAAGGUCAUUGAACAUACAAAGGGCACUGCAGGUGUCGUCACCACCUGGGAUUUAGGGGGAAGGAUCGCGUUUUGCACGGGAUACGUCUUCAUGACGCACUGCAGCUCAGUCGAAAUAACUUCGAUGAAACCCGAGACACGCUCGACGAAGUCUCAAAACGCGUGAACGCAGCGGUGGGGGUCUCAGAAUGAAAAAAUUCUCCUCGUCUUUCUAUAUAAUUCGCAGAUCCAAGCAAAGUCUGUCAUGCUGAAUCAACAUCACUGAUUUUCAUUUUUGGGUAGAAAUGCAUUAUGUCAGGCGAAAAAUAACGGAAGCAACAGCUGCCCGCGCGUAUACGCGAUAGAUGCAAAGGGGCAACAGCACCACUGCCCAACCCAGGCCGUGCGGAGAAUAGGCACUGUCCGAUCCUACUUACAGAACGAAACGGGUCGUGUAGCCGAAUAGGCAUCGUCUCAAAUACAUACAACGAUACCUGGCUGGUAGUGGUACUAGAUUUUGCGUACUUAUCUAUAUGAACGGGAGAGGGAUUUUUUUCGGUGAUAAGAAGACGCGGAAGGCGCAAAGAAGCGGAGUCGGGACGCGGAGCGACAAGCCGGAUCUGCGUUGGCCUUGGCUGGUACGGCACUGUUUCCUUUCUCUCCACCACCGUCUUCACAGAAAAACUUAUUUUCGUUUUGUUGUUUGUCAUGCUCAUGCGUUUAGGUUUAUGUCUGUCUGGAGAAGAAUGAUAAGAGCAGAUGUAUUCCGAUGGAUUUUAGACCAAUCCAACGCCACUUGCCUUGGCUCUUCAUGUAAAAAUUUUUUUCUUCGGACUUGAGUGUCUGUUUCGUUGGGGAGAAAGGCAAUUUUCCGCAGGACACAUUGCGAGGCGAAGGCUGCAGUUGAUUCAUAUGGCGCGCGCACGUGCAGCCACAAUCUUGAACUUUUCAGUAGUGUAAACCAAAGUAAUGGGUAGCAUCAUGCGAAAGAGAAAGAAGGAUGCGAGGACUCGUACUUGUUGCUUUGUGGAACAUGGAAAAACAAUUCUGGAGGUGAAAGAGGAAUCGGAAUAAACGGAAUUCACCGAGCCAUAUAAGAAAGUAGUAAAAUCUCUUACUUACUGUUACAACUUACAAAGUUACUACAACUCAUUCUCAAACACCCACAAGAAAAUUUAUCGGACAGUUUUCAGAUCGCAAGAUCUCAAAGAUAUUGUAUUGUUGCCACCACAUGACUAUCCUGUGCAAAAGUAUCGUACUCGUAUAUAUAAAAAAUGCAAGUCUUGCAUUACAAAUCUUUCCCAAGGCAAAUCUGCAUUACAAUUUUUAUUUCUCAUGCUGAGGAAAUUUGUAAUGCGUUUAUACGAGUGCGAUACUUUUGCAAUUCAUAAUGACGAGACAGAUUGUUGUUGUUUCAUUGCGUGAACGAGCCAUACUCCAAUAAAGACGGCCGGCGAGACGGCAGCCGGAAAGGCAGAAACAGCUUCGCGGGCAGCAACGGAAGCUGAAGACGCCGCUGCGAAAGCAGGAGCAGCUUCGUCGAAAGCCCACGAUGCGGCGAAGAAGGCGGAUGAUGCGGUGUCCUCGUUGCGGAAACCCGGCACCGACGAGCUUUGGGAAUGAACCCUAAUCUUUUCACAAUGAAGUGGUCUUUCAUGACUCUUAGUUUUUGUAGAACAUCUUCUUGGCUAUUCCACUUGCUGUGCAGGGUAGUAAGUAGAUUGAUCUGAUGCAAUCCCGCUUCGUGCAUGUUCUCAUGAAAGUGGACGUCAGCGAAACAGCCAAAGAGCGUACUAGUUGACCACUUGCAUUUCCUCUCGUGAAGAACAGGAAGUGGGCUCCUGCGCUGGUAGCUGGUCCACAGCCAGCGAGACGUGUUGCUGACUGGUCUAGGUCUCGAAGAGUAUUUGAAAGAGCCGGCGCUUCAAUUUUUUCACCUGCAUACAAUUUUACAACCUUUGCUGAACAGCUGCUGGCGCACCUUGUCCCGUGGUGCGUGAAAAACAAACGCUGGCUCUUUAUUCUGCUGGGGUUUUCAGUUUUCGCACAGGCUUAUCAAAAGUGGUGAGACUGGGGCAGUAUUGCCUUGUAUGUAAUGCAUGAUGGAGCCGAUGCCGUUGCGGUUGCCGUGUCAUGUCUUCCCCUGGGGAGCCUCAUUUUUUAUUUGUUCCUUGUUCUGCGGAGGGUUUCCGCGGAAAAACCGAGGGAAAAACCUCUCAGACACCACUACACCGUCCUGUCUUGGAGGAACCCCCUUUUUUUUUUGCCUUUUUCUGUACGUCUUUCUUUGCACGAGGGUUGGGAAAUCCUCGCAAUGCUGCCACACUUUAUUACUCCGUCGGAAUGGGGACAAUCAUAUCCGGGGCAUUGUUUCUGAGGUUUGACCUGUCCUAGGUCGGGGGCAUUGUUUGUGAGGCGUGCUCGAGGUAUCUCCUGCACCUCGGGCGCCCUGCAAAAGCAAAUUGGCCUGGUUGCCACUUCAAUGGGCCAGAUUUGCCUCCUUCGCCCAGUGCAAGCAUUUUGGCCCCUGGGGGGAACCUGGCAACUUGACAAGUUCAAAGGGUUUACGAAGUACAGACAGCAUGCAAGAGCCUUGGUCUGAUGCGGACUAGACAUGUUCAAUCUGGAUUAGGUAGAAUCCGCUUGGAUAAGUUGGUGUUGAACGCAUUUAUUACGACAGUUGAGCAACCCGCUCGCCCCAGCAAAGGAAACUUCAGCAUGAAAUUACUUAAGCAAUUUUUAUAUGUAGGUGUGAAUGCACCCCAAGCCCAUGGAGAAUAAACAUCUUGAGGUAUCUAUAAUGUCAGGUGAACUGCAACAUGCAUUGUUUAUGUUUUUGCUUGGUAGAACGGUUUUCAUGCAAUAUUGAUCCUGUAUCGUUUGGUUUGGAGCGGUGAAGAGUCGAAUUGCAGUCCGGUUAGUGCCAGCAGCACUAGCUCUAGCACCAGCAGUGCCACGACAAGAACGGAGCCAGCCGCCGACCUCGCGGAGGUUUCGGGCAAGUUGAUCCGAGCUCUUAUCAAACCGAUGAGAAGUAAUGUCAGUGUUACCUUCUUUGCAUAGCUGAAGAGCAAUAGGAAAGAAAAACAUAAACAUCGAUCCAAUAUCAAUAAAUAUGCUUACGCAGUAAGAUGUGGACUUCCCUUGUUUUUUGGCAAGUGAAGCAGCUCGUAGUAGGUCGGCCAUGGAAUUGUGGACCCUACUACGACGAAGCCGUUCACACGUGAACUCAGGUUCGUACGGACACACUGAGCUCUUGCGAUCCAUACCAGAAAUACGGCAGAUUUUGAGCGGUCUUCAAACACAGCAAGGAGAAACGGUCGUGGAGUAAGAAGACGUUCUUUUAUAGUGAUAAUGAUCAAGAUCAACAUCUUCAUAUACGAGUACUCAAUAAAAGUUGGCCUAGCCGAAGCCACUCAGGAGACGCUUCAAAAAUGUCAGCGGGAUGUGGAAGUAGCACAUCAAUCGGC